CCAAAAUUAGUGAGUGGCAAAGUGGUAAAUAAGAAAGACUUAAAGGGGUAAAGAUGGAAGAAAGAUAAGCACGAGCGAGCUAACUCACGAAGUCUGCGUUGUCCAGAUUCCGGAGGAAACACCCUGCCCCAAUCUCUCUCCUCUCACGCACACAUUCAAACACUCUUUUUUCUUCUUUUCCAGCUUCAAAAACUCUCUCUCUCUCCUCUUCUCAAAGAUCGAAACUUCGAUUUCAUUCUCUGGAGAAGAAGCUCUUUCGUUUUCACUCGACAAUGGCGAAGAACGUUGGGAUUUUGGCUAUGGACAUCUAUUUCCCUCCGACCUGUGUUCAACAGGAAGCUUUGGAAGCUCAUGAUGGAGCAAGCAAAGGCAAAUACACAAUUGGACUUGGCCAAGAUUGUUUAGCUUUUUGCACAGAGCUUGAAGAUGUAAUCUCAAUGAGUUUUAAUGCGGUGACAUCACUUCUUGAGAAGUACAAGAUUGACCCGAAGCAAAUUGGGCGGCUUGAAGUAGGAAGUGAGACUGUUAUAGACAAAAGCAAGUCUAUCAAAACGUUCUUGAUGCAACUCUUUGAGAAAUGUGGAAACACUGAUGUUGAAGGUGUUGACUCGACCAAUGCUUGCUAUGGUGGAACCGCUGCUUUGUUGAACUGUGUGAAUUGGGUUGAGAGUAACUCUUGGGAUGGACGUUAUGGCCUCGUCAUUUGUACUGACAGUGCGGUUGUUGAUGGUAAGCUUUCACAGACAUGCUACCUUAUGGCACUUGACUCUUGCUAUAAACAUUUAUGCAACAAGUUUGAGAAACUCGAGGGCAAAGAGUUCUCCAUCAAUGAUGCUGACUACUUUGUUUUCCAUUCUCCAUACAACAAACUUGUGCAGAAAAGCUUCGCUCGUCUCUUGUACAACGACUUCUUGAGAAACGCAAGCUCCAUUGACGAAGCUUCCAAAGAAAAGUUCACCCCUUUUUCAUCUCUGUCACUCGACGAAAGUUACCAAAGCCGUGAUCUUGAAAAGGUGUCUCAACAAGUCGCGAAACCGUUUUAUGAUGCUAAAGUGCAGCCAACGACUUUAGUACCAAAAGAAGUCGGAAACAUGUACACAGCUUCUCUCUACGCUGCAUUUGCUUCCCUCAUCCACAAUAAACACAGCGAUUUGGCGGGAAAGCGAGUGGUUAUGUUCUCAUACGGAAGUGGCUCAACCGCAACAAUGUUCUCGUUGCGUCUCUGCGAAAACCAGUCUCCUUUCAGCCUUUCAAGCAUCGCUUCUGUAAUGGAUGUUGGCGGGAAACUGAAGGCUAGACAUGAGUAUGAACCAGAAAAAUUUGUGGAGACAAUGAAGCUAAUGGAACAUAGGUACGGAGCAAAGGACUUUGUGACGAGCAAGGAGGGUAUUUUAGACCUUUUAUCUCCGGGAACUUAUUAUCUGAAAGAGGUUGAUUCCUUGUACCGGAGGUUCUAUGGCAAGAAAGGUGACGAUGGUUCCAUAGCCAAUGGACACUGAUUCUUGAAAAGGGGAAGCAAAAAAAUCAUAAAUCACCUGAAAGAUGGUCUCUCUCUCCACUCACUACUCUUCUGUUACUUUUUCAUCAUUUUAAACCUUUUUUAUAAGUUUGGUUGUUACUUUGAUCUAGGGACAAAAGGUUGUAUGCUCUGUUUUUAAUUAUUUACUCUAUUGAUUUGCUCUUUGUCAAGCUUGUAUGUUUAUGUUAUUAACUAAGUUCGUUAAAUUUAGUAAUUAUUAAGAGGCUAGAAUAAACCUUAAAAAUAAUUAUUGUUUUUGGGGUCUAUAUAUAUUUUUAAGGUUUAAUAUCAG